GUCAGAGAAGAUCAGAAGUUGCAAUGCCUGGCUUCGUUCUUCCGUGUGCGACAAAGCAAGCCUCUCUCCCGGAGAAUCCCAACCCUAACCCUAGAAUUCGAUCCAUCAGAGAGCUGCAUUUCUCUGUGGCAAAUCGAUCGGCCCUUCCAGUGAUUAGGGUUUGAAUCGGUUGGCGUUGAUGCAGAUCUCGGAGAUGUCAACUGGGGUGGCGGAGCAGCGGCUGUUCAGGAACAACCCGAUGGCUUCGAAGGUGCUGCAUCUGCGGAACCUUCCAUGGUUGUGCAGGGAGGAGGAGCUUGUUGAGCUUUGCAGGCCCUUCGGUGAAAUCGUCUACAUCAAGUGCAACUUCGGUGCCAACCGUAACCAGGCCUUCGUUGAAUUUGCUGAGCUAAAUCAGGCUAUGUCAAUGGUGUCAUAUUAUGCAUCCUCAUCUGAGCCCGCGAAUGUUCGUGGCCAAACUGUUUACAUUCAAUAUUCAAAUCGGCAGGAAAUCGGUAAUUAUAAUAAGAGUGCUGGUGGCAUUGCUGGGAAUGUCCUCAUUGUCACUUUGGAGGGUGUUCAACGUUCUGAUGUCAGCAUAGAAGUUAUUCAUGCGGUGUUCUCAGCUUAUGGAUAUGUCCAUAAAAUUGCUACAUUUGAAAAAAAGGCAUUAAUCCAGUUCAGCAAUUCAGAUAUUGCCUCUGAAGUGAAGACUGCCUUGAAUGGAAGAUGUAUUCCAAGGUACUUGCUCCCACAGCAUGUUACAUCGUGUCACUUACGCAUAUCAUAUUCGGCACACACUAAUUUGAACAUCAAAUUCCAAUCAAGCCGUAGCAGGGACUAUACAAACCCUUAUCUUCCCCUGAAGGGCCAUUCUGUAAUUGAGGGAACCUCACAGGUUGGUGGUCCCUAUGGAAACAAAAGGGUGCCAGAGAGUAAUGUGCUUCUUGCAUUUAUUAAAAAUAUGGAAUAUGCAGUGACAAUUGAUGUUAUUCACACUGUUUUCUCGGCAUAUGGUACGGUCCAGAAGAUUGUCAUGUUUGAGAACAACAAUGGAAUGCAUGCUUUGGUUCAGUAUCCUGAUGUGAUAACUGCUGCAACGGCUAAACUGUACCUGGAGGGGCAUUGCAUCUAUGAUGGUGGCUAUUGCAAGCUUCAUUUGUCAUACUCUCGGCACACCAAUCUCACUAUCAUGGUUAACAGUGAUAAAAACAGAGACUACACAAUUCCAGAGACUAGGGUCUUUGCGGCUCCACCUGCUUUUACCGGAUGGCAGCCCAGUGCUCCAGCUGCACCAGUUUUUGAUGCUGUGCAAAUGCCAGAUUAUGAUCCAAGCAGACUGAUCAUUCCGGCAUCUUCAAGCACAUAUCCAGGCCAAUCUUUGAUGCUGCACUCUGGCCCCGCUUACCCCGCUACCGGAGCUUACUCUUCUGCAUCAGGUGCAUCACUCCAUGCGUCUCGUCUAAUAUCACUGUAUGGCAUGCACCCCGGUGCCUCAGGUCCAAGUGGUUCAUCAUCCAGCCAGCCUCAUGUUUAUUAUCAGUAAAAACCCAAGCUUCUCAUGCCUCAAUUUUUUUUAUCAUUUGCCUAAAAGUUGCUCUGGUGGUCCAAAUAUAUUUCAUUUGUUUUUUUUUUAUCAGAAUGUAAUAUAUGUUGGUGGUCUUUGGUUGUUGGGGGAGGAUUCAAAACAAGCAGACAUGUUUACUAACUAGCUCAGUUGCCAUUGA